AUGGACGCGCAGACCUGGCGCGUGGGCUCUCGCUGUCUCCUCCUGCUGGCUCUCGUGGGGUCUAUCCGAAGCGAGGGCGUGCAGAGCUGCGAAGAAGUUCGGAAACUUUUCCAGGGGCGCCUGGUGGGACCUGUCAAGGGGCUGCCGGAUUCGCCGCGGGCAGGGCCUGACCUUCAGGUUUGCACAGCCAAAAAACCUACGUGUUGCACCAGGAAGAUGGAGGAGAGAUACCAAGUCGUGGCUCGUCAGGAUAUGCAGCAGGUGCUUCAAACAUCCAGCUCUACAUUAAAGUUUUUGAUAUCUCGAAAUGCAGCUGCCUUUCAAGAAACCCUCGAAACUCUCAUCAGACAAGCAGAAAAUUACACCAGCAUACUUUUCUGCAACACCUACAGGAACAUGGCCCUAGAGGCCGCUGCUUCCACCCAGGAGCUCUUCACCGAUGUAGGGCUCUAUUUAUUUGGUGCGGAUGUUAAUCCUGAAGAAUUUGUCAACAGAUUCUUUGACAGUCUUUUCCUGCUGGUCUAUAAUCAUCUCAUUAACCCUGGUGUGACUGACAGUUCCCUGGAAUACUCAGAAUGCAUCCGGACGGCCCGCCGGGACAUUAGCCCAUUUGGUAAUAUUCCCAAAAGAGUGCUGGGACAGAUGGGGCGGUCGCUGCUGCCCAGUCGCACGUUUCUGCAGGCGCUGAACCUGGGCAUUGAAGUCAUCAAUACCACAGACCAUCUGCACUUCUCCAAAGAGUGUGGCAGAGCCCUGCUGAGAAUGCAGUACUGCCCACACUGCCAAGGCCUGGCUCUCACUAAGCCUUGCAUGGGGUACUGCCUCAACGUCGUGAGAGGCUGCUUGGCACAUGUGGCAGAGCUUAACCCACACUGGCAUGCGUACAUCCAGUCACUGGAAGAGCUGUCGGAUGCCAUGCGUGGGACCUAUGACAUUGAACACGUGCUUCUGAACUUCCACCUGCUCGUUAAUGAUGCUGUGAUGCAGGCUUACCUUAAUGGACAGAAGUUAUCAGAACAGGUAAAUAAGAUUUGUGGCCGUCCAGUCAGAACACCCACACAAAGCCCCCGUUGUUCUUUUGAUGGAAGCAAAGAGAAGCAUGGAAUGAAGAUCUCUAUAAGAAACAGUGAAGAGACACUUGCCAACAGAAGAAAAGAAUUUAUAAACAGCCUUCGACUGUACAGGACAUUCUAUGGGGGCCUGGCUGAUCAGCUUUGUGCCAAUGAAUUACAGGCUGCUGAUGGACUACCAUGCUGGAAUGGAGAAGACAUAGUAAAAAGCUAUACUCAGCGUGUCAUUGGAAAUGGAAUCAAAGCCCAAUCUGGAAAUCCUGAAGUCAAAGUCAAAGGAAUCGAUCCUGUGAUAAAUCAGAUUAUUGAUAAACUGAGGCACGUUAUUCAGUUGUUACAGGGUAGGUCACCCAAACCCACCAAGUGGGAACUUCACAUGGGCAGUGGUGGCGGCAUGGUUGAACAGGUCAGCGGGGACUGUGAUGAUGAAGAUGGCUGUGGGGAUUCAGGAAGUGGAGAAGUCAAGAGGACACUAAAAAUCACAGACUUAAUAAAGAAUCCACCUUCCAAUGGAGGAGAAAAAGAAAUGCAAAUUUGAUGCCUGAGUUGGGAA